AUGGGUAUCCAAGAAAAUGAUGAAAGGAUGGAGGGCUGGUUGUACACCAUUAGGUCCAAUAGGUUUGGUUUGCAAUUCUCCAGGAAGAGGUAUUAUGUUCUUGAACAGAACUGUCUCAAGUGCUACAAAGCCAUUCCCACUUCAGAAGUUGAGGAAUUGACUAGAAGUGCAACCAUUGAUUCUUGCAUUCGGGUCACAGACAACGGAAGAGAGAACAUCAACAGAAAAGUCUUCUACAUUUUCACACUUUACAGUACCCUAAACCAUAAUGACCAGCUUAAGUUGGGAGCUAGUAGUUCAGAAGAAGCUGCAAGAUGGAUUUCUUCCCUAAAGAAUGCUGUCUUAAAGGAAAGUCCACAUCCAACACAGGAAUUUGUGGCCAUCUCCAAGAGCAAGUGGCCUCCCUUGAGACUAAGUUUUUUGAGAAGAACAGAGUCGAAAAGGUCGAUAGACUAUUACUCAACAUUGCGUACUGAGGCAAUGACAUCAGAUGUCAUUGCACCCUCACCUUGGAAAAUAUUUGGCUGUCAAAAUGGGUUGCGCCUUUUCAGAGAAGCCAAAGAUACAUGUUCGCAAGACGGGAGGUGGGAUGACAAUCCAGCAAUCAUGGGAGUUGGUGUGGUUGAUGCAACAUCAGAAGCCAUUUUCCGGUCUGUGAUGUCUCUCGGUCCAUCAAGAUCAGAAUGGGACUUUUGUUUCUAUAGAGGCAGUGUAGUCGAACAUCUGGAUGGUCAUACAGAUAUAAUCCAUAAACAGCUCUACAGCGAGUGGCUCCCAUGGGGGAUGCGACGAAGGGACUUGUUGUUGCGAAGAUAUUGGAGAAGAGAGGACGAUGGAACAUAUGUAAUUCUAUACCAUUCCGUGAUUCACAAGAAAUGUCCACCACAGAAGGGCUAUGUUCGAGCUUGCCUUAAAAGUGGUGGAUAUGUGAUCACUCCCAUAGACGAAGGCAACCGCACGCUUGUAAAGCACAUGCUUGCCGCGGACUGGAGGUUCUGGAAACUCUAUCUACGUCCAGCUUCUACCAAAUCGAUAACCAUCCGUAUGGUUGAAAGAGUUGCAGCACUGAGAGAGAUGUAUAGAGCCAAAGCAGGCAAAUGUUCCUUCUCCAGAGAGCUGCAGCGCCCUCCUCGCAACGUGUCCCUUUUUGAACCCCAUGAAGCUACUCUAGAUGAAGGCAACGCUUUAGAAAACAACACACAGCUGGAUCAUGGUACUUCAACCGAUGUGGAAUCUGGGAAGAAGAAGGGAUCCAUGUACACUAGCUUGGUGGCUCUCGACGAUUGCUCCGAUGAGUUUUUUGAUGUUCCUGACCAGGAACUCAUUGAAUUUGAUCACUCAGAGGUUGAGUGGUCUUCCUCAGAGACACCAACAAAUUGUGCCCCGGAUAUAGAUCCCACACCUGCGUUCUCGUCUGCUGCUGGUCUUGUGAAGAAAUUGCAUGACUUUGCUGCUCAUAAGAAGGGUUAUGUGGAUUUACAAGAAGCAUCUGAAGAUAAAAGUAACUUCUGUUCAUAUGGAUCAACUCUGCAAAAGGAUGCAAAUGGUUCUUGCCCAUGCAGUUGGUCAUCUGCUGAUCCUUCGACAUUCUUGAUCCGUGGCCAAAACUAUUUAAAAGACAAUCAAAAGGUCAAGGCAAAAGGAACACUGAUGCAGCUGGUAGGUGCAGACUGGCUAAAGUCGGACCGGUGGGAGCAAGAUCUUGGAAGCCGACCCGAUGGCAUUGUUCAGAAGUAUGCAGUACAGGAUAGGCCAGAAUUCUUCUUCAUUGUCAACAUUCAGGUUCCUGGUGUACCAGUUUACACCCUAGCCUUAUACUACAUGCUGAAAACACCUUUGGAAGAACAACCAUUGUUGAACAGCUUUGUCAAUGGAGAUGAUGCUUAUAGAAACUCCAGGUUCAAGCUCAUUCCUUUCAUCCCAAAGGGAUCUUGGAUUGUGAAGCAGAGUGUUGGGAAGAAAUCAUGCUUGGUUGGCCAAGCACUUGAAAUCCAUUACCACCGUGGCAAGAACUACUUGGAGCUUGCAAUUGAUGUGGGAUCAUCAACUGUUGCUAGAGGUGUGGUCAGCCUUGUUAAUGGUUACAUGACCAAUCUGGUCGUGGAAAUGGCAUUCCUAAUUCAGGCCAACACCGAGGAAGAGCUACCAGAGCUCCUCCUGGGAACAUGUCGACUCAACAAUCUCGACGUGGGAAAAGCAGUUGCUGUGUAA